CUAACUGCAAAGACAACCUGAGAGCAGGAUCUCCAUUACUGAGAGCUGGAGGGACAGACUGACAGCAUCACACUGUGUAUAUACCCAGGUAAGGACAGACAGACAGACUGACUGACAGCAUCACACUGUGUAUAUACCCAGGUAAGGACAGACUGACUGACUGACUGCAUCACACUGUGUAUAUACCCAGGUAAGGACAGACUGACUGACUGACAGCAUCACACUGUGUAUAUACCCAGGUAAGGACAGACUGACUGACUGACUGACUGACUGCAUCACACUGUGUAUAUACCCAGGUAAGGACAGACUGACUGACUGACUGACUGCAUCACACUGUGUAUAUACCCAGGUAAGGACAGACUGACAGACUGACUGACAGCAUCACACUGUGUAUAUACCCAGGUAAGGACAGACUGACAGACUGACUGACAGCAUCACACUGUGUAUAUACCCAGGUAAGGACAGACUGACUGACUGACAGCAUCACACUGUGUAUAUACCCAGGUAAGGACAGACAGACUGACUGACAGCAUCACACUGUGUAUAUACCCAGGUAAGGACAGACUGACUGACUGACUGCAUCACACUGUGUAUAUACCCAGGUAAGGACAGACAGACUGACUGACUGCAUCACACUGUGUAUAUACCCAGGUAAGGACAGACUGACUGACUGACAGCAUCACACUGUGUAUAUACCCAGGUAAGGACAGACUGACUGACUGACUGACUGACUGCAUCACACUGUGUAUAUACCCAGGUAAGGACAGACAGACUGACUGACUGACAGCAUCACACUGUGUAUAUACCCAGGUAAGGACAGACUGACUGACUGACAGCAUCACACUGUGUAUAUACCCAGGUAAGGACAGACAGACUGACUGACAGCAUCACACUGUGUAUAUACCCAGGUAAGGACAGACAGACUGACUGACUGACAGCAUCACACUGUGUAUAUACCCAGGUAAGGACAGACAGACAGACUGACAGCAUCACACUGUGUAUAUACCCAGGUAAGGACAGACUGACUGACUGACUGCAUCACACUGUGUAUAUACCCAGGUAAGGACAGACUGACUGACAGCAUCACACUGUGUAUAUACCCAGGUAAGGACAGACUGACUGUAUCAUACCAUAUGAGUCUAACAGAGGGGAUAAAGGUUGCGCCAGAUUUUUUAAAUUUUUUUUAUUCUUUUGUAUCAUACCGUAUAUCUAUCUAGGUAAAAACAGGCAGACAGUAUAUCUACCCAGGUAAUAACUGUCAGAAUGCAUCAUACGGUGUAUAUAUCCAUAUAAGGACUGACGCCAUAAUCACUACAAGAAUAUGUAGUGUUUAUGGUGCUUGGAAUGUUUCUUCUUGAACCAUUGACCUAAGGGAAGGGAAGUGAAUUGAAAAUCAAAUUGCAAACUAUAACUUACAAUAGCCAGAAUGCAACUAUGCUUAAAAUAGAGAAGUUUUCUAAAUCUGGUAUUCUACCCUAAAUUUUGCAGUUCUAUUUUGAAAUCAGAUGGGUUAUUUACUAAAGUUCGAGUACAAGGAGAAUUCAAAAUUAAUUUCAAAUUUAAGGUUAAAAUAGCUGAACUGGCAAAAUGAUCUGAGUCCAUUAUGUUUUUAGUUCCAAUACUCUGGAAUUAAAUUUUAAAUUCACAUUGAGUUCUCACUUUAGUUAAUAAUCCUGAGUAUCUCCAUAUUCCUUGUAAUUUGUACCUUCAGCCAUUUGUGUAAAAUAUUUGAUUGAUGGGCUCAGUUUGGAAAGGAGUGAUAUGUUGGACCAAGUGACACUUCGAUUACUGCAGCUUUUCACAUGUAGUAACAAAAAUCUAAAUGGCAAGUAUUUCUCCAACAGGCAACCAUGCUGGUGAGUCUGUGGCAGGCAGGGGGUGCCCUGCUUGAAGAAGCUGUUGGAGGCAGUGUGGCAUCUCGUGUCCUGCUUCCAGUUACCUUUCUUCUCCUCUUGGCAUAUCUGUCGAAGCUGGCCUUCAAACAUUUAAGCACUAUUGACACCGACAACGCGGUAUGUGUAUUGUCCAAUAAUUUAACAGUUUAUUUGCUGUAGUCCUUGCAAAGUCAGAUGGGUGUAUUCAUCAUUGAACUCUGAUCUGUGUUUAACUGGCAACCACAUUUCAAGAUGUAGGACAGCAGAGUUUAAAGGGUUACUCUGAGCAUUAUACAUGUUACAACCUACUCCUAAUUGGGCAAAGUGUUUUGCAGUGGUUUCCCCGUUACCAGAGCCUCCCCUAAUGUCGACACGGUCAUAUCUGGCUAUUGCAGAACAUGGAUGCUAAUCCUGCUGCUCGUUCAUUGGCUGAACGCCAUCAGCUGGGAAAAUGCACAUCAUUGUCUUUAGCUAGCUUGGGAACUCGGUAAUAUAUCUAAAUAUGCACAGUGUUUCAUAGUGAAAAGCUGCACGUACAGGGUCUUCCACUUCCAUGCAUUGGCUUGGAGUAACCUUUUAAACCUUUACCAUCUAAUUACAGAUUGAAUUGUGUAAGUUUUCUGGUUUUAGUGGACAAGGUCCUCAAUCUCAUUGUAUAUUCAAAGAUAAUCGAGAAAGUGUCUAUAAUGAAAAAGGGUCAUCAUCUUCCACAUUGUGGGUUCACUUUGUGUGGUUGGGGAUAAAGCAACCUCAUUGAAAGACAUGGUAAACAUCUAUGAUUUGGAAUCACAUAUUCAGAGGAAGCUCAUGUUUGUCAGAAUCAUGUGUAACUCCAUCCUAAACCUGUAAAACUAGAGAACCUCAAUUUGGACACCGAUCCUCUACCAACAUCUGUCUGUUUGCCAGUAGUUCAUGGCCCAAAGAUUGGCAGUUCCCAUCCUGCUCAGAGUCUAUAGUUUGUUAAUGCCCACAAUAUGUCAGUGAUUAUGGACCAAAAGCAUUCGAUACUGGCUCCUGCUAGUGUAUCGCUUUUUUUUUUUUUUUUUACAUGCUAUUUGCAUGAAAACAGGAGAUCUAUAUCUCACUAAGAAAUAUUUCAAGAGUUAAAGGGAAAGGAAAACGUUUUAUUUUAUUUUCUUUUGUUAGGAGGAAGGGGGUUGAAAAGUUGCAUUUAAAAUGGCAUAUCUAUGUUUUAUAUGUGUGUGUGUGUGUGUGUGUGUAUGUCUGGGAAAUGUGACCUCACUGUAAAAUGUGUGUCCUCUUUUGCUACAGAAAUACCCUCCAUUUAUUUCAUCAUCUAUACCUUUUCUGGGACACGCCAUAUCCUUUGGUAAAAGCCCAAUCGAUUUCCUAGAAAAUGCAUAUGAAAAGGUAAGUCUAUUUCAUCACUUUAUUUUCCUUUUACUACACACAUUGUAAGGCAGAUGUAACACAUUGAUUGUCUAGGUUUGAGAAAGAAGCACUUCUUUUAGUUAAACUAAUUUAUUUUGCCACUUGGAAUAUUUCUAUGCAUAAAAAGUUUUGUUUAUUUCAAAGCGGAUCUGUAGCCUUUUUGUUGUGGCUUAUUUCUUUUAAAACUUUUUUUACUGGUGAGAGAAAAAAAAAUAUUUUGAGAGGACCCUGGCAUCAUGAUCACAUGAUUUCCUGACAGUGUGGGGUUAAUUCGAGCAGGGACUCAAUUUAAAUUUAUCCCUUUUGUAUUUGAAAUUGUUGUUGUUUAAUAAAUAUACGUAAUUAGAUACUGAUCAUAUAAAAGUACUUAAAUAACGUAAAUGCCAGUAUGAUAUAAAAACAUAUGUGCAGUUGGAUUGUGAUAGAGUAUGCCUGUCAUUUGUCACUUCUUCCUGACAUCAUUGACUGUUGUUGAAAACUACAUUUCCCUUGAUGCUUUGCUAACAUAUAGCAAGUUAUUGUGCUUGUUGAUCAGCUUUUCACUAUGUACCAUUAAUUAGAUGAAUGUUAAGGCAAUAAUGAUUCCCAUUAAAUAUUGCUUUUGUGUCAGUUAUAUUCUCUGUCUUGGCCAAUUUUAUUUUCUGUUUAUAAAUUUAAAACAAUUGGUUUUCUUUUGCAGUAUGGACCAGUGUUCAGUUUCACUAUGGUGGGCAAAACCUUCACUUACCUGGUAGGUAGUGACGCAGCCGCCUUGCUCUUUAACAGUAAAAAUGAGGAUCUGAAUGCCGAAGAUGUAUACUCUAGGUUGACUACGCCAGUCUUUGGCAAAGGAGUUGCCUACGAUGUUCCUAAUCCGGUAAGAUUUUAGAUACCAUUAAAUACACCACCAUUAUUAUUAUUAUUAUUUUUCAUUAGUUUUGAGUUUAGAUUUAAUUUACAUACAAAAUGUAAGAAACGGUUAUAUGUAAGGUUAACUUUAAAAAAAACGAAAAAACAAUAAAACAGUCCAACAGUUAAAGGGGCUUUGUUACUUUCUGUCUUUUUUAGCACAAUCGAGUUCUUUAAAUCCUGAAUGUAUAUUAAUAUAAUAGUGUUUCAAAAUGUAUUCUGACUUGAUAUUGUGAAAAAUAAGCAAACAUAUAGGGUUAUUCACCAAACUUUAUAAAUAAAAUCCAAAUGGAAAGUUGUGGUUUUAGCUGAGAUAGAGAAUUUUCCUCCUUCAGCUAUUUUUUUUUUUUUCUUUAGGUUUUCCAUUAAUUUGAAAAAAUGAAAAUAAAAAUGUAGUAAAUGACCUGCAGGAAUCAUUUAAUCCCAUGGCUCUUCUUUCUGAAGUUUUAUUAAGGUCAAUUCAACAUUUUAAUUAUCUCUCAGUGCUUAUGUCCCAAAUUUUCACACAUUUCCCAGACACACACACACACAUAAAUCAUAGAAAUGCCAUUUUGAAUGCAACAUUUCAACCCCCUUCCUCCGAACAAACCCCCUCAUUUUUUUCUUUUCUUUGACCCUUAACUCUUGGAAAUGUGUAAUUGGGUAAUUCACAAAAGCGUGAAUUGCCACCUGUUUGUGUGUUUUUUUUUUUUUUGUUUGUUUUUUUACCAAUAAUACACACAAGGCACAUGUCCCUGAGCAGGGGUUUAUGGAAAGCAAUGCGUUAUAGUUUUUGCAUUUGUUGUCUCACUAUGUCUGAUGUCAUGCAAAAAAAAAAAAUCCUUAACCCCUUAAGGACACGACAUGUGUGACAUGACAUGAUUCCCUUUUUAUUCCAGAAGUUUGGUCCUUAACCCUUUAAAACCGGAGGGCGUACUAUUAUGCCCUAUUCUAAGUGGCUCUAAACGCCGCAGGGCGUAAUAGUAUGCCCUCCGGUUUUCUUAUUUACACGGUCGCCGGCGAUCUCACGCCCGCGGUCGGGAGACUUACCUGGGAUCCCAGGGAGUCCCCCGCGGCGGGUUCCUUCCACCUACGGCCUCCCCGGCCAUGUGAGAGUGACCUCACAAUCACAUGGCCAGAUUAGCUGGCUGCUGCAUUUCCAGCAGGGGGACUGCCUGUAAUGACAGUUAAUCCCCCUGCUGGCUAGAAAUGAAAUAAAAUUAAAAUCAGUGUAAAAAAUAAUAAUAAUAAUAUACUUAGAUCAUAAUAAAAAAAUAAAAAAAUUAUAUAUAUAUAUAUAUCUAUCUAUAUAUAUCUCACACACUGUCUAGGUGUAUUUUACUAUUAAUAAAUAUAUAUAUAUAUUAUCAAAUUACAUGUAGACUGAUACUGAUUUAUAUAUAUAAUUAUUGUUCUAAAUAUAUAUAAUAUUAAAAAAAAAUAUGUAAAUACGUUAAAUAAAAUUAAAAAAAUAUAUAGAUGUGUUAUUUCGUUCUAACUGUAUUGUGAUAUUAAUAUAUAUUUAUAUCAAAAUACACGUAGAACGAAAUAAUAUAUUCUACAUAUAUAUUUGUGUAAUAUUUUUACAUAAUUAGGUAUAGUAAUUAAUUACAAUUAGUGGGACCUGCCUGACAACCCAAGCCAAAAGUAAACGGAAUUUAAUUUGCUAGCACUAUAUUUAACCCUAUAACUUUCCAAGACACCAUAAAACCUGUACAUGUUUUACUCGGGAGACUUCGCUGAACACAAAUAUUAGUGUUUCAAAACAGUAAAAUGUAUUACAAUGAUGAUAUCGCCAGUAAAAGUGAAGUUAUUUGCAUUUUUCACGCACAAACAGCACUUACGCGGACGAUAUUAUUGCUGUGAUACUUUUUACUGUUUUGAAACACAAAUAUUUGUUUAAUGUGAAAAAAAAAAGAUUUGAGUUUUUUUUUUUUUUUUUUCACAUUAAAAUUCGCCAGAUUGGUUACAUUGCCUUUGAGACACUAUGGUAGCCCAAGAAUGAAAAUUACCUCUAUGAUGGCAUACCAUUUGCAAUAGCAGACAACCAAAGGUAUUGCAAAUGGGGUAUGUCCAGUCUUUUUUAGUAGCCACUUAGUCACAAACACUGGGCAAAAUUGGCGUUUUUUGCAUUUUUCACACACAAACAAAUACUAACGCUAACUUUGGCCAGUGUUUGUGACCAAGAUGGCUACUAAAAAGGACUGGACAUCCUCCAUUUGCAAUACCUUGGGUUGUCUACUAUUGCAAAUGGUAUGCCAUUAUGGGUGUAAAUUCCUGGGCUACUAUACAGUCUCAAAGGCAACGUAACCAAUCUGGCGAAUUUCAAUUUAAAAUGUAACAUGCUAUAUUUAACCCUGUAACUAGGGAUCGACCGAUAUUGAUUUAUUUUUAUUUUUUUUAGAGUCGAUACCGAUAUUCUGUGAACUUUCAGGCCGAUAGCUGAUAUAAUUUGCCGAUAUUCUGUACAUUUACCAUUUUGGAAAAUAAAAACUAUUUCUAAAGGUAAAUGCACAAAAUAUACAUGCCACGUGUAGUGGAUGCAGUGUGUUUAGACAGGGGAGCUGUAUGUGUUUGUGUAGUGUGUGUAGUGGAUGCAGUGUGUGUUUGUGUAGUGGAUGCAGUGUGUGUUUGUGUAGUGUGUUAUGGAUGCAGUGUGUGUUUGUGUAGUGGAUGCAGUGUGUGUUUGUGUAGUGGAUGCAGUGUGUGUUUGUGUAGUGUGUAGUGGAUGCAGUGUGUAUUAGUGUAGUGUGUGUAUAUAAUGAAAGCAGAGUGUUUGUGUAGUGUGUGGGUAGUGUGCGUAAAGUGAAUGCAGUAUAUACUAAAUGCAAAGUGUGUGUGUGUGUGUGUGUGUGUGUGUAUAUAAUGAAUGUAGUGUGUUUAUAUAAUGCAGUGUGUGUGUGUGUGUAGUGUGCAUUAUAUAAACACACUAUGCAAACACACACUGCAUUAUAUACACACACACACACACUGCACAAACACACUGCAUUAUAUACACACACUGCACAAACACACAGCAUUAUAUACACAGUGUGUUUGUAUAGUGUGUGUAUAUAAUGCAGUGUGUGUUUGUAUAGUGUGUGUGUAUAUAAUGCAGUGUGUUUGUGUAGUGUGCAUUAUAUAAACACACUACACACACUGCAUUAUAUAUAUACACACUACACACACUGCAUUAUAUAUACACACACACUACACACACUGCAUUAUAUACACAGUGUGUUUGUAUAGUGUGUGUGUGUGUGUGUGUGUGUGUAGUGUGUGUGUGUGUGUGUAGUGUGCAUUAUAUACACACACACACACACACACACACACACUGCAUUAUAUACACAGUGUGUUUGUGUAGUGUAUGUGUAUAUAAUGGAGUGUGUGUGUGAGGGGGCAUUUUUAAUUAAAAUUUUUUUUUUUUAAUAUUUAAUUAUUAUUUUUGUUGUCCCCCCUCCCUGCUUGUUUCUUGGCCAGGGAGGGGGGAAAUAGCAGUCCCUGGUGGUCCAGUGGCAUUGGCUGAGCUGGGGGUGGAGGGGGGGCUGGAGGAGCUGCUGGGAGGUGAGUAAAUGCUUGAUGCCCGCCCCCCCCCCCAGGACUGCCGGGCUUGUAAUGAGCCUGGCGGUCCUAGGAGGUAUUAUUGGCAAUAUCGGUAUCUGAAUUAGCCGAUACCGAUAUUGUCGAAAAUACAGAAUAUCGGCCGAUUAUAUAGGUAAAACCGAUAAUCGGUCGAUCCCUACCUGUAACUUCCCAAAAUACCAUAAAACUUGUACAUAUGAGGUACUGUAGCACACAUAAGGUUUGCAAAAUAUAUUGUGCAAACUCACUUUGUAUGUCAAAAAGGCAGAAAAAACGCUUAUUACCACUACAUCUGGUACAAGCUAGCGGAAAAAUGAUCCCACGCUAAGGUUCAAACUAUACCUUUUGAAACACCCUGGGGUGUCUACUUUAAGAAAUGGUAGGCCUUUGUGGGGUAGUUUGAAUUUAAAACCUGCGAAGAUGCUUGGAAAUUGCACAUAGGCCCAGCGUCAAAAUUCAAAGUUUGGUAAAAACGGAUAUGGCUUGGUCUCCUAUAUGGCACUGUAGCUUCACAAAAUAGUGACAAAGACAUUCAUUGGGGGUGUAUUUUUACUCAAAAGACUUAGCUGAGUAUAAUUUGGGAGGUUUGAACUUAGUGGCACAUAUGAAAUAUACAAAACGCCCAGCAAAAAUGCAAUCCGUAUGUAAAAAAUGCACAAAAUUAUUUUUUACCACAUACUUUGGCAUAUAUUGGUGAAAAAAUGGGGGUAUGUUAAGGCACAAUAUGCACCUUAUGAGAUACCCUGGAGUGUCUACUUUUACAAAUGGUAGGCCUUUGUGGGGGGUUUUUGAACAGUCAAACUGUUAUAAUACCCCAAAUGGAAGCUAAGGCUCAUUAAAUCCAUCUCUCAAAAUUCUACUGUGAAUACUGUAAAGGACAGGUCUCCUAUAUGGCACUGUAGCUUCACGAAAUAGUGCCAAAGACAUUCAUAUGGGGUGUCAUUUUACUCAGAAGACUUAGCUGAGCAUAAUUUGGGGGUUUGAACUUAGUGGCACAUAUGAAAUAUACAAAACGCCCAGCAAAAAUGCAAUCCGUAUGUAAAAAAUGCACAAAAUUAUUUUUUACCACAUACUUUGGCAUAUAUUGGUGAAAAAAUGGGGGCAUGUUAAGGCACAAUAUGCACCUUAUAAGAUACCCUGGAGUGUCUACUUUUACAAAUGGUAGGCCUUUGUGGGGGGUUUUUGAACAGUCAAACUGUUAUAAUACCCCAAAUGGAAGCUAAGGCUCAUUAAAUCCAUCUCUCAAAAUUCUACUGUGAAUACUGAAAAGGACAGGUAUCCUGUAUGGCACUGUAACUUCACGAAAUAGUGCAAAAGACAUACAAUGGGGGUGUCAUUUUACUCAGCAGAUGUAACUGAACACAAAAUAAAACUUUGUACAGGAAUAGCACACACCAACUUUACAAAAUAUACACGAGAAUUUCUCUGUUAUAAGUUUGUGUGCCAAAAACCAAAAAGAACACAAUUUUACUCCAAUAUUUAGCAGAGGUUGGCGGUGAAAUGGCUACGUAGAAAGUGUCAAAACAACCUUAGGUAAAUAGCCCGUGAUGUCUACUUUAUAUAAAUAUAUACUUUUGUGUGGCAAUUUUGUUUUCUUUUAUGGCUAUUAAGCUUACAAGACAAACAUACCAAAUUCUAAAAUCGCUCCACAUUAAAAGUUUAUUUUACUCCUUGUGCUUUGUGACCUGUAACUACCAAAAAAAAACUUAAAAUCCCAGACACAUUAUAUAUUCUGUAAAUCAGAACAAAUAAAUAAAUUUAUUUUUAAUUACUUUCCUUAACCUGCACUAAUUAUGCACACAUUAUUAUUGCAAAAACUGUAAAAAAAACAAAACAAUAUUUUUCAUUUUUUUUGCAUUUUUCUGUAUUUUUUUUAUAAUAAGUAAGUAUAUAUAUAUAUAUGUGUGUGUGUGUGUAUAUAUAUAUAUAUAUAUAUAUAUAUAUAUAUAUAUAUAUAUAUAUAUAUAUAUAUAUAUAUAUAUAUACAUACACAUCAUACACACACACAGGGAAAUUAGAAUUAUUAGGCAAAUUAGUAUUUUGACCACAUCAUCCUCUUUAUGCAUGUUGUCUUACUCCAAGCUGUAUAGGCUCGAAAGCCUACUACCAAUUAAGCAUAUUAGGUGAUGUGCAUCUCUGUAAUGAGAAGGGGUGUGGUCUAAUGACAUCAACACCCUAUAUCAGGUGUGCAUAAUUAUUAGGCAACUUCCUUUCCUUUGGCAAAAUGGGUCAAAAGAAGGACUUGACAGGCUCAGAAAAGUCAAAAAUAGUGAGAUAUCUUGCAGAGGGAUGCAGCACUCUUAAAAUUGCAAAGCUUCUGAAGCGUGAUCAUCGAACAAUCAAGCGUUUCAUUCAAAAUAGUCAACAGGGUCGCAAGAAGCGUGUGGAAAAACCAAGGCGCAAAAUAACUGCCCAUGAACUGAGAAAAGUCAAGCGUGCAGCUGCCCGAUGCCACUUGCCACCAGUUUGGCCAUAUUUCAGAGCUGCAACAUCACUGGAGUGCCCAAAAGCACAAGGUGUGCAAUACUCAGAGACAUGGCCAAGGUAAGAAAGGCUGAAAGACGACCACCACUGAACAAGACACACAAGCUGAAACGUCAAGACUGGGCCAAGAAAUAUCUCAAGACUGAUUUUUCUAAGGUUUUAUGGACUGAUGAAAUGAGAGUGAGUCUUGAUGGGCCAGAUGGAUGGGCCCGUGGCUGGAUUGGUAAAGGGCAGAGAGCUCCAGUCCGACUCAGACGCCAGCAAGGUGGAGGUGGAGUACUGGUUUGGGCUGGUAUCAUCAAAGAUGAGCUUGUGGGGCCUUUUGGGUUGAGGAUGGAGUCAAGCUCAACUCCCAGUCCUACUGCCAGUUCCUGGAAGACACCUUCUUCAAGCAGUGGUACAGGAAGAAGUCUGCAUCCUUCAAGAAAAACAUGAUUUUCAUGCAGGACAAUGCUCCAUCACACGCGUCCAAGUACUCCACAGUGUGGCUGGCAAGAAAGGGUAUAAAAGAAGAAAAUCUAAUGACAUGGCCUCCUUGUUCACCUGAUCUGAACCCCAUUGAGAACCUGUGGUCCAUCAUCAAAUGUGAGAUUUACAAGGAGGGAAAACAGUACACCUCUCUGAACAGUGUCUGGGAGGCUGUGGUUGCUGCUGCACGCAAUGUUGAUGGUGAACAGAUCAAAACACUGACAGAAUCCAUGGAUUGCAGGCUUUUGAGUGUCCUUGCAAAGAAAGGUGGCUAUAUUGGUCACUGAUUUGUUUUUGUUUUGUUUUUGAAUGUCAGAAAUGUAUAUUUGUGAAUGUUGAGAUGUUAUAUUGGUUUCACUGGUAAUAAUAAAUAAUUGAAAUGGGUAUAUAUUUGUUUUUUGUUAAGUUGCCUAAUAAUUAUGCACAGUAAUAGUCACCUGCACACACAGAUAUCCCCCUAACAUAGCUAAAACUAAAAACAAACUAAAAACUACUUCCAAAAAUAUUCAGCUUUGAUAUUAAUGAGUUUUUUGGGUUCAUUGAGAACAUGGUUGUUGUUCAAUAAUAAAAUUAAUCCUCAAAAAUACAACUUGCCUAAUAAUUCUGCACACCUGUGUGUGUGUGUAUGUAUAUGUGUAUGUAUGUAUGUAUGUAUGUAUGUAUGUAUGUGUGUAUAUAUAUAUAUAUAUAUAUAUAUAUAUAUAUAUAUAUAUAUAUAUAUAUAUAUAUAUAUAUAUAUAUAUAUAUAUAUAUAUAAUGUUAUAUCAAAUUAAAGCCCUUUCUGUCCUUUAAAAAACAGUAUAUAAUAUGUGUCGGUGCAAUAAAUGAGAGAGAUGCAAAUUGCAGUUGAACGCAAACAGCAAGAAAAUGCAAAAAUUGCUUGUGUCAUUAAGCGUAAGUCAAGCUUCUGAAGCUGUGUCCUUAAGGGGUUAAGGGGUUUAAAGGAUCACUAUAGGGUCAGGAAAACAAACACGUAUUCCUGACCCCAUAGUGUUAAAACCAUCAUCUAGACCAGCUGGGCCCCUCAUGCCUCCACAAAUAUAGCAAAAUCUUACUGUAUUCAAGCCUGAAGCUGUAACUCUGCAUGCUGUUUGCCUAAAAAAAAAAACCAAACAAGCAGUCUGCUGACAUCAUCAGAAUUGGCUGAGACUGACAAAGAGGCAGAUCAGGGGAGGGCCAGCAUGAUUCAAACACAGCCCUGGCCAAUCAGCAUCUCCUCAUAGAGAUGAAUUGAAUCAAGGAAUCUCUAUAAGGAAAGUUCAGUGUCUGCAUGCAGAGGGAGGAGAUACUGAAUGUUUGGAUGCAUUUUAGGCAGCCAUGACCCAGGAAGGAUCUCUAACAGCCAUCUAAGGAGUGGCCAGUGAAGUUAUCACUAGGCUGUAAUGUAAACACUGCAUUUUCUCUGAAAAGACAGUGUUUACAGCAAAAAGCCUGAUAGUAAUGAUUCUACUCACGAGAACAAAUUCAAUAAGCUGUAGUUGUUCAGGUGACUAUAGUGUCCCUUUAAGUUUUUUAAUAUGUUUUGUCAAAUGCACCACGUGGUGUGUUUGUGGAGUGUCCCUUUAAAAAGAUGACCUGAUGGCUAUAAAAUUACACAAAAAUGUAAUUACUUUCUUUAUGUUUUGAAUUUUGACAGAUCUUUUUGGAACAGAAAAAAAUGCUGAAAACUGGACUAAACAUCGCUCAUUUCAAAACCCACGUGAGGAUGAUUGAAGAGGAGACCGAGGAGUACUUCAAGCGCUGGGGGGACAGUGGAGUUGGAAGUAAGAAUUGUGAUGUAUUACAACACUAUGAUGUUUGUUAGCUGCACACACCUCCGCUUACAGCUGCCUCUUCUGCAUGGACUUUUACAGAUUGUUUGCAUCAUGCAUUUAUGUUUCAUUGCUAUCCCUUUCCUUAUACGUUUUCUCCUUUGAUGUAUUCCUUGUGGCCAUAACCUGAGUAUUAUGAGUUGUACAAUGCUGUUAAAUAUUCGCUGAUCCCCUUAAUAAAGAGAACAUUAGCAGGUAUUAGGAAGCAGUGUCUUUCCAUUCAAAGUGCCGCCGAGUUAAACAGCUUUGUCUUGAGAACUAUUUGUAGUCAGCGGAAGUAUGUUAAAUUAUAAUAUUUUAUCAUUUUCAUGAUAAAUUUAGAAUUUGCUAAUUUUGAAAUCAUGAUGUUGUCACAAGUUUUGAUUUUUGUUAAUUUGGAGCAGAGAAGACUAUAAUCUUAACCCCUUAAGGACACGUGACAUGUCAUGAUUCCCUUUUAUUCCAGAAGUUUGGUCCUUAAGGGGUUAAAGGGACAGUCAAACACAAGCCACAUGCUGCUAGGAAUUAAUGGAACAAAUUGUGUUUUUUCUUCCACUGCUUUAAGAUUUUGAGCUCUGAGCCACACUUCAUAGAGUAAUGCUGAUAAACUACUUAUUGUUCACUUCUUGUGAAGAUCCUGUGACAUAGCAUCCGUUCCCAUUUGUAUAUAUUGUUACUUUUGAACAAAUUGUUAGUAACUUGAUUUUAUAUUCUUUCUCUGAGGCAGUUGGUUCAUUUAUUUUAUGAUGUUUUUUCUCACCCCGCCUUCUAGAUUUAUUUGAGGCUCUUUCAGAACUGAUCAUCCUGACAGCCAGUCGAUGCCUACAUGGGAAGGAGAUUCGGAACCUUCUCAAUGAAAAAGUGGCACAACUAUAUGCAGAUCUGGAUGGAGGUUUCACACACGCAGCUUGGCUUCUGCCCGGAUGGCUACCAUUACCCAGCUUCAGGUAGUCCUUAAAACAAAUAAUUGAAUCAAAUGUUUUUUUCCUAGAUAUUGGCGAGGGGAAACUUAGCUGCGGUGACGGUUCCAUUGACUUUUCAGGCUUGCAAUGGCAAGUAACUUUUUAGGUCUGGCUAGCGGAAUAGGACUUGAAGUUUUAAGACCUGAUUUUUAACAAGUGGUGUAUUUCCACCACGUUUAAUUUAAUAGCAAGAAUGGUAAAUACAAACACAGAAAAAGUAACUUAACUUUAAAAUAUAUUCAAAGUUCUGACAAAUAUCAACAAAAUCUUAUAAAUGACUUUUAGGGGAGUUACCAUGGUCCUGUUGUGUAAUCUGAAAAUCUAAAUAAGUCUUUGUUCUUUGACGCUAAAUCUGUUUAAAAUUGGUAUAAUCUCUACAGGCGCAGAGACCGGGCUCACCGAGAAAUCAAGAAUAUUUUCUACAAGGUGAUCCAGAAGCGCAGGCAGUCGAAAGAUCCUGACGAUGAUAUGUUGCAAACACUUGUGGACGCAACGUACAAGUAUGUAUAAAAUAAGGAAUUAAUAUUAUUGUCUUGUGACAAUUGGCUUGCGAAAUAACUUAUGAAGUUAUUCAAGAGAGUGUGAAUUUCAUAUUGUAGGUCACAAUAUCUAAACUGAAAAUCCUCUACUUACAAACCCUUCCCUCUCUUUCUCAUCAUUUGAAGUUCAAACAAUUUGCCUAUUUAAACCCAUCUCUGCAAACCUGAAGGAGGAUGUGCCUCCAACUGUGGCACAACAAGUCAACCCGCUAUCUGCAGAUAUGCUCCCAUUUAGCUGAAUGCUGCCGGAAGUUUCACACCUUGUCAGACUUUCUCCAUUACAAUACAUCUUGCGCUCGUACAGCGCAGGCUUCACCUUUUCUAAACAAUCAUAUUUUUCCUAUCAUUAGUUCAUUCUCCCACAAUCCCAGGUGUCUCUUUGAUACCUUCCACUCUCUUCUUCACCCUGUUGUGGCCACUUGCCAACUAACCUUGCAGCUGAUAGCUUUUCAUGCUACGUUACUGAAAAGAUUAAAAGGACACUAUAGGCACCCAGACCACUUCAGCUAAGUGAAGUGGUCUGUGUGCAGUUCCCCAGGUCCCUUAACCAUGCAAAAGUAAUAAUUGCAGGUUUGCAGUGUUAACUCCACCUCUAGUGGCUAUCUACCAAACCGCUACUAGAGGGACUUCUGGGCUGUUAGGUAAGUUUUGGUCACCUGACACUGCACCCCUCCCUGUCACAGGUGCCUCAUCCCAGGGCCCUAUUUAGCCUUGUACUGCAGAGAACGCGAGAUUGGAAAUUUUUCCCCGAGUAAGUAGCUCAUUUAACAGACAUUUGACUGUUCGAGUAGGACCUGCCAAAGAUGGGGUAAAUUGACAUUGUGGCCGGCUUAUGCCAUGUAUGAUCGUAAAAUGUAACUAAACUCCCAUUAUUUUUUGCCUAGAUUAGGUGUUUAAAAAAAAACAAAAACUAACAAUCUGCCAGCAGCAAAGUUGCUGCUUAGUAGAUAAGGGAGUGCCCUGAGUUUUCAUCGUUACCUAACUGACACUGGACGUCCUCAUGCUAUGCAUGAUGACAUCCAGCGUCACCUGAAACCCCAUAGGAAAGCAUUGAAUAAUAAUGUGUAAUGCUGCACUUCUCCUUUCUUCUCGCCACACAACAUAAUGCCUUCCAAUCUUACAUUAUCAGAUCUCUCUCCUUUUGUCUUGUGCUGUCCUUAACACAUGUCUUAACUGCUCUCUUUACUCUGACAUUGCCCCCGCUUCCCAUAACCAUGCUACAAUUGCCCUUCCUAUUUUUGUUUUUUAUUUUAUUUAUUUUUUAAAUACCCCACCUUCUCUAGAUUGUAUACUUGUUUGAGUAGGGUCCUCAUCAAACUAUUGUUCCUGUAACAUUUAAUAUUGAUUAUUAAAUUCUCCCCCUUAUAAUAUUGUAAAGCAAUACACUGGCACUAUAUAACUGCUAAUAAUAAUGAUAAUCAUAGUCACAGUAAAAUUCGGUCACUGAUAAGGAAGCUCAUAGGAAAGCAUUGGAAUCAUGCACAGUAGGUCCCCAAUGCUCCUCUACAAGGACCACUGGAUUGGAGCAGAGAUAGGGAAUCCAUGCCUCAUCGAUGACCUCUCAGGAGGACGAGAGUUGGGCAGUGCCAAGGGAGUCUCAUUUUUUUUUUUUUUUUUUUAAGUGUCUUGACUCUAACUAGAGACAGAGACACAUUAGUUUUAGGAAGACAUGUUUGUAUUCCUAAUGCUAUAAUUUAAGUCCCAAUAGCUGAACUGGCUUGCAACAUUAUUCUAUUUAUUGUAGCCUGAUAAUUCAUAGUUUAAUGGGUAACAAUUAUUGCAUUUGGUAUAUUUGACCGUGUAAGAGCCAUCCUAUUCUAUCUAUUUAGCUCCCUGUUAAUUAAGCUAGACUGGUAAUGCAAGAUUAGUUAAAGUAAAGAAUGAAAUGUAAGGCACCAACAUUGCAUGCUUUAACAUAAUGUCAUUAAUAGCACCCUGAGCUGAACACUCUCUUCUCCUCCGUUACGCUUUGAAGAGUGACACUCUGUAAUGUAUUCAUUAACCUGGGAAUAGUGGGCAAUUGACACGAGGAUCGCAACGUUCCACCAAUAUAGCCGAAUAACCAUUGAAGAUAUUCUCUAACCAACUCUGCUAUUUUAACAUAAAAUGUAUAUAUUACCUUCACUGUCAAUGACUGAUUUAAUGAAUUAACCCCCCACUUGCUUCACACAUCUGUGGACUGAGAUUCGAGGAAAAACCCUGAAGACAAAAUGGGGUUUCUUUGUUCUAAGGCCACAAACCUGUACAGUAAAAUUCAUUGUAUAUAAUUAAUCUUUAUUGCUUUUCUGUACAUAAUCUUCCUCCUUUCUCCUAGGGAUGGCACCCCAUUAACCAAUGAUGAGAUUGCAGGAAUGCUAAUUGGUUUACUAUUAGCUGGACAACACACGUCUUCCACCACCAGUGCCUGGAUGGGAUUUUUCUUGGCUAAAAAUAAAUCUUUUCAGGAUCAGUGCUUUGCGGAGCAGAAAGCUGUGUGUGGAGAAGAUCUGCCAUCUCUAAACUAUGAUCAGGUGAGCUGUUAUAGCAGGGUGAAAAUUCAGCUCCUUCAAAGGUCUAAAAGUUAAUUGCCACUGUAAACCUGGAGGGUCCAUGGCACCUCACCAGGUGAGGUUAGUGGAGAGUGGAAAUUGUUACCCCAACAAGGAGGGAAAUUCCCAACAAUAAGUCAGGUUUACCUCUUGGUAAUAUUCCAGGGAACAUGCUGGUUAUUCAGAUCCCACAGGCUGGACUCUGCUAAAAAGAAAUUAUUCAAACAGUGUAUCUGUAAGCUAGAGAUAGAUAGAGAUAUAUAUAUAUAUAUAUAUAUCUCUAUCUUAGAGAUACAUGUGUCAGUUUGUGUGUCUGUAUGUAUGUCUGUGUGCCAGUCAGUAUGUCUGUGUAUGUGUCAGUAUGUAUGUCUGUCACAGUGUCUGUGUGUGUGUCAGUGUGUAUACCUGUGCAUGUAUCUGUAUGUAGCCAAUGUGUGUAUCUGCAUGUGUGUCAGUGUUUGUAUCUGCAUUUGUCAGGUUAUGUAUCUGUGUGUCUGUAUGUUGUCAUUGUGUAUGUCUGUGUAUCUGUAUGUUAGUGUAUCUGCGUGUGUGUGUGCGUGUGUGCAUCUGUGUGUCUGCAUGUGUGCCAGUUUGUGUGUCUGUAUGUGUGUGUGUCAGUGUGUAUAAAUGUGUCUGUAUAGCUGCAUCUGUAUGAUUGUGUAUAUCUGUGUAUCUGCAAGUGUUUCUGUGUGUGUAUGUGUAUCACUGUGUGUGUUUGUGACAGUGCAUGUGUAUUUGUGCAUACAUCUCAGCAUUCAACACUACACGCAAAUACACACCUGCAUUCAAACUUCAACACUACAUAUAAACACACCUCUUUUUUUAAACAACAAAAUUAUAUAUAAACACACCAGUGUAUUCAUAAACCAACACUACACAUAAAUGCAUACUUGCAUUUAAUUUCCAUCUCCACAUACAAACACACCCAUACAUUCACACAAACAUACUCCAUACAAAAACAUGCUUACACUCAAACACACAAAUACUGCUCAGUGCUAAAUAUAACCCUGCAUGCAUAGGAAAAAUGGUAGCGCCCCAGCUGUCAAAGCAUUGUUGGCGUUGCAUGACAGAUGGGGAUCUACCUUUUGCCCCCUCUUGCCCAAAAUAAUUCAUGCACCAGAGCCCUCUCUACUUUACGUCCGCCUCUGCGUUGGGGUGGGGGGCAUGAUUGCAUGCCAGGGAGGGGACGACCGGGUUCAGGGGGCCCAAGCAAAUGUUUGCCCAGGGUCCAAUCCAUAUUAAAGACGGCCCUGACAGUAUAUGUAUCUGUAUGACAACUUUAAUUAUAAUUUUCUACUUUAACCUCCUUGCAGUGGCUGGUUCUUGGCACAGUAGUUGUAAAUUACAUCACCACCCACUAGCCAUAGGGCAAACAAUCUUCUCAAGUCUGCAGUUUGUGAUAGUUUGAAAAGCAAUAAACAUGACUUAUUUCAGACUUACCAUAAUUUUCUUUUCCUGGCUAUUAUCCACCGCCACUGCCCCUGUUGCUAAAGACAGAAAUUUAUAUUGAGUAAUGGGUAGUGUAAAAGGUCCCCCCUCUCUGCAUAUGCCAGCCAUGUUUCCAAGCUUAUUAUGUUUUAUUUAUUUUAUCAUCUAAAAUAUAUUCUUAGGGGUGUAUUCAACAACCAGUAAGUAACAGUGCAGCUUGGAUAAUUGUUCGGCUAAAAGCCAAGUUAGAAAAUAAUCAGUUUAAUGAUUAAACAUCUUAUUCUGUUCAGUGUAUCCUAAAUUACAGUGACGUUUUACCUAACAAACUAAUUAUGGGGCUAACAUACAGAGAUCAUGUACAUUUUCCUUGAUCAUGUAAACAAUACCAUACAGUACAAAUAUAGAAAAAAAAUUUACUUCACGUGUUUUUUCACGAGUGUUUCACUACUACUUUAUUAUUAUUUAUCAUUUUUGCUUUGCCUAGUCGGCUUAAUAAAGGUUAUACCUAACAAUUAUUGUAAUAAAUCUAGAGAUAUCAUUUGGUGAAGUGGAUGUCCAAAUUUCUCCAUCUCUAGUGGAACAGCCACUUCACUUUAGUCUUAUCCUUUUAAAAAUACCAUACAGUGUUAAUGUACAUUCUCAUUUGCAGCUAAAGGAUAUGCAAGUACUGGACCGGUGUAUAAAGGAAACUCUAAGACUGAGACCCCCCAUUAUGACAAUGAUGAGAAUGGCUAGGACACCCCAGGUCAGUAGUACAUUUAAGGUUUCUGCAGAAUGUACUCGUAACAUGUUGGUUUAUCAGGCCGCACUAUGUUUCCCCUGCUUAAGGGCUCCACAUUGGAUGAUGCACUGUGAUACGGCUGGUCUUGCCAGCUAUAUGUGUGUGUCUGUAUCGGAUACACCAUAAUAGCAGUGCUACAUAGAGCUUGCUACACAUUCUUCUAAAUAUGUCUCAAUGUAACAUCUAAAACAGAUACAAUGCAGUUUACCUGUAGGUGUUUGGUAUGAAGCAGUUUCCUAGUAAAAUUUGAGUGUAUGUAAUUUCUUGUAUUCAGAUACUCUCCGGUUCCUUGUAUAUUUUAUAUUUGAGUAGGUAGUGGGAAAUUGCUCUAUGAAUUCAUGUCCCAUGGAAGUAGAAUUCAAUAUGUGGCUAACAUAGAGUCGUACCCAGUAACUACCUAUAAAGCUCCUGUGCUCAUGUAAGAUUGGUACACAAUGUACUUCCAUCUCAUACUCUCUCCCAUAACACCUGGAGCAAAAAUAUAAUCGAAUUGACAAGGCUAAACUGGUGGUAAAAUAUUAAAUCCUAAGUAUGUAUUCAAAAUAGGUUUCCAAAGUUCUUUUUUUUUUUUUUUUUCUUGCAUUUCAAACUUAUGACAUAACAUUGUACAGUUACAUAUUAAAAUUUCUUCUAGGUUUUAGUAGCUCAAAAUGUUCUUCAUUCUUAUCUUUGGAAAAGGACAAAUGAAAAAAAAAUUCUGCAGCUGUACUGGAUAAGAAUUCUGUUUGUCUUUUUAGGAGACUGUUGGAGGUUACGUGAUUCCUCCUGGACACCAGGUAUGCGUGUCUCCAACUGUUAACCAUCGCCUACGAGACACAUGGGUACAAAAUACAGAUUUUAACCCAGACAGAUACCUUCAUGAAAAUCCAGCAGCAGGAGAGAAGUUUGCAUAUGUUCCUUUUGGUGCAGGUAAUGCCAGUGAUUGAGGCACAGAGUCAUUACACCUACAUAAUUAUAUUGUGGUUCAGCAAAGACUAUUCUGGUAGACUUAUCAUUAGUGAUGUCGCGAACGUGAAUUUUUCGGUUCUUGAAUGGCGAACGCGAACUUCGGCAAAUGUUCGCGAACCGCCAUAGACUUCAAUGGGCAGGCGAAUUUUAAAACCCACAGGGACUCUUAUUGGUUGAAGGGGGGGGGGGGGAGACCUACUCUCCUCCCCCGAGACCUACUCUCCUCCCCAGGAUUCACACACCCCUGGGCGUGGGUGGGCCAUAAAGAAUGUGAUGAAAUCACUGUCCCCAGCCCCCACCCCUGAGCGGGGCCCUAAUAACUAUAAGGGGGGUACCUAUUAUCCCCCCCCCCCCGCCCCCACCCCUGCGCGGCGGGUGGGGGCCAUAUUGAUAAUGAGGGGGGGGGGGGACCUACUGCCGCCCCCCCCUGCGCGGCGGGUCGGGGCCGUAUUGAUAAUGAGGGGGGGGACCUACUGCCCCACCCCUGCGCGGCGGGUGGGGGCCAUAGUGAUGAGGGGGGGGACCUACUGUCCACCCCCCCUCCGGCCCCCACCCCUGGGCGGCGGGUGGGGGCCCUAAAGACUAAUGAGGGGGGGGGCCUACUGUCCUCCCCCCCGGCCCCCACCCCUGGGCGGCGGGUGGGGGCCACAAAGAUAAUGAGGGGGGACACCUACUGUCCUCCCCCCCCAGCCCCCACCCCUGGGCGGCGGGUGGGGGCCACAAAGAUAAUGGGGGGGGGGGGAGGAGACCUACUGUCAUCCCACCCCUGGGCUGCAGGUGGGGGCCACAAAGAUAAUGAGGGGGGGGACCUACUGUCCUCCCCCCCGGCCCCCACCCCUGGGCUGCGGGUGGGGGCCCUAAGUAAAUCCCCCCCCAAGGUGACUAGGGGUCCCCAAGCCCCUAGUCACCCCCCCAAAUAAAAAGUCCCUACCUACCCCCCUCACCCUAAAAAAUAGUGAGGCGGGAAUAAAAUAGCUAACCUGUAAAAUAAAAGUAAACUUACCAUUCGAUGUCUUCUUUUUUCUCAAAUCUUCUUUUUUCAGCCCCAAAAAAGGCCAAAUAAAAAACCAUCAUAACCGUCGAAUUGAAAAUAAAAUAAAAAUCCCGAGCGCAAAAAAAAAAACCCGACGAAAAAGAAAAAACCAGAGCGCAAAAAAUAAUCCAUCGUCACCCAUGGAGGGCUCCGCGCAGACUGAGCUCUGCAGGGUGGGGGAAGGCUUAUAAAGCCUUGCCACGCCCUGCAAUUAGGCUAAGAACACUCUGAUUGGUGGGUUUAAGCCAAUCAGAGUGCUCUUUGUCAUUUUACACAGCGUGGGAAAAUUCCAAAGAACUUUCCCACGCUGUGUAAAAUGACACAUAGCACUGUGAUUGGAUGGGAGGUAUAGUCUAUGCACACCAAAUGCCAAACUGCACCCAGUAUCCUUUCUUUUUUUUUUUUUUUGAUUUUUUUGAUUUUUUUCAAGUAUAUCUCUAAAUUUAUGCAAAUACGAAUGGCUGCAAUAUCACAGUAUAUCAAUCAAUGUAUGCUUUUUACUCAUUUAUGUUUUGCAUGUACUGAUUUUAAAGGAUUGUGUUGAUGUAUAAUAAAUCUACACUUUCUUUUAUUAUAGGUCGGCAUCGUUGCAUUGGUGAGAAUUUUGCUUACGUCCAGAUUAAAACCAUUUGGUCUACAAUGCUACGUUUGUAUGAGUUUGAACUGGUUGAUGGAUAUUUCCCCUCCAUAAAUUAUACCACCAUGAUUCACACCCCAAACAACCCAGUCAUCAGAUAUAAAAGAAGGAAACAUUAAUCCAUGAACUUUAACUGCUCAACAGAAGAUACAUUUUACUUUGAAAAUUUUAAAUUAAGAAGGGGGGUGGGGUUUAAAAAAAAAAAAAAAAAAACACUUGCAAUUGUGGGAUUUAUUUGCUAAACUCUAUAGUGAACUGAAAUUUGAAAGCAGAUUUAAGGAACAAAUAUCUAAGCUGUGACUAUAGUUGAGCUAGGUAAUGGUUCCAUAUAAUCUAGGUUUGGCUAAAUAUCUGGAAUUCAAAGUUUAACAAACACCCUGUGCAAGUUAUGCAUUUUAUAAAAUAUGUGAAAUAAUUGUGUAUAAAAUUUUAUGUUCGAUUGACAAGUUGAGUUGUGUAUAUAGGUUUUAUUAAACAAACUUUCAAUUUGCGUGAUUUUCAAAAUAACUUGUCUGAGGAUUAAUUCAAUAAAACUGCAAUAUGCCCACCUUCCAAUGUAAUAUCACAGGAGAUAGUGUGCAGAGAAUUUCAGUGAAAUUACAACACAGUCUAUGUGAGUAUGUCAUAAAGAUUCUAUCUUUAUUAUUCUAUCUUUAUGAUUUACCCAUUUUGGAUGGGGACGAAAGAGCCGCUUUAAAAGCAUUGGUACAAGAAGUUUCAUUAAAGGGGCAAUUCAGGCACCAACACAACUUGUAUGCCUCCUGUGCCCCUCCUCCUGCAUUUUACAUAUUAACCCUGACCAGGGCUCUUUUUACAUUUCUGCGGUGUUUGUGUUUAGCUGUAAAUUUCCUCUUACCCAUUUACUGUACCCACACAUAUAUAUAGUUUUUCUUGCCAUUAAAUGAUCUUUCUAGAGAUACCAUUAUUUUCAUAAUUUCAUAUAAUUUACUAUAAAAUAAAAUGAUGAAAAGUCUUUAAGAGUUACUGCCAAAGAACACCCCAAUAUGUGUUCAGCAACAUCUCCUGAGUACAGUGAUACCCCCAUGUAUAAGUGUUUCGGGUUCUCUGGGGGCUAAAAGAACUUCUUUGGAGGGUGCGCAUUCCAGUUUUCCAACUUGGAAUUUUCACCGCUGGUCAUCAUGCACCCAUGUCCUAUUGGACAUUUUUUAAGCCGGCCAAUGUAAUUUACCCCCAUCAAACCAUAUGUUUUUGAAAAGUAAACUCCUUAGGGUAUUUCAAAUGGUGGUAUUUUAACAUGCACUAAUUCUACAACCAUUCAAAAAUGCUGGCCAAAGUUAGCUUUUUUGCAUUUUACACAAAAAACUGCACUUUUACUGGUGAUAUCAUCGUCAUAAGUUUUACUGUUUCACUCAUAUUUGUGUUCAGCAAAGACUCCCAAGUAUAACAAUACUACCCAUGUACAGAUUUUAUGGUGUUUUGGAACGUUACAGGGUCCAUAUAGGGCUUGCCCAAUUUAGUUUGUCAGAUUGGUCUGCUGGGUCUGUGUUGCCUUUUGAGACCAAAUGGUAGUCCAGAAAUGUGAAUUAACCCCAUCAUGGCAUACUAUUUUCAAAUGUAGACAACCCAGGGUAUUCAAAAUGGGGUAUGUCCAGUCUUUUGUAGUAGCCACUUAAUCACAAACGCUGGUC